AUGUUUGUCGAACGAUUUAUCGGACGGUCUACAUUUGUCGAAAGUGAGUUGGUCGAGCGUGGGUUCGACUACCAGGCUGUCACAACAGUUCUCCCACAUUGCCGGACUUAUGUCGAACAAUAUUUCUAUGUAUACUUCGCCUUCAGUAUUUUGUUUGGCAUUCUUGACAGAAAAAUAUACCUUGCGUUCACAGCUACGUUUUCGGUACUAUUACUAUUGGAAUCACAAACCCGAGCGCUUGAGUGGUGUCUUAAAAAAAUAUACCCCAAACGGAUGGAGACAUAUUUGGUGCCAUUUUCGUCAGAGUGCGGAUUUUUGUCCAACAGCGAUUUUUUGAACCCAAUGAAGAAAACAAUUGUGAUCUAUUGCAGAACACACCCACUCACAAGACAGUGGCUUAACGUUGUUUUGUAUGUCGGGGUUGUUAUUCUUCCGUUCUUGGGACUGCCAAGUAAAAACGACUUGAUGAAUGUGAGGCUUUUCUUUGCAGCUGUGGUUUUCGUCGUGUCAUGUCUCGCGGACAUUCCACGUCUUGACCAGAUCAAACAAGUCGUUCCAAUGCAAUUUCUCUUCGAGCUGCUCGACAAGUUGAAGGUGAGUAAAAUCGAACACAACGUCGUCGUCUGUUUUGUUGCUGGUGAUGACAGAAACAACGACAUACUACACAAGGUAAUAAACAAUUUCGACCCGGCGCUGUUGAUUGAAACCCGAUUAACAAACU